UUGCAGAGUCAAUGGAUGGUCAUGCUCAUUAGCCAUGCCAACCCAAAAAUCUCUCACCACAUUGGUUCUUCUCUUUCCUUGUGUUCCCCUCUUCCUUCUUCUUCUUCAUCUUCAUCACCUUCAUCAUCACUUCAACUUCAACAACUUGUAACUGUUAUUACUCCCUCUUAAUCAAUCUUUGAUUCUUGUUUAGUUGUGAUGACACAAGCUUCUUGUUUUAAUUUGAUGGUAUCUGUUAUUGUAUUGCCUUUGAUUCUCUCCUUGUUUUUGAUUCAUCAAGUUUCAUGUUGUAACAAGAAUGAUAGAGAUUCUUUAUUGGCCUUGUAUGGCAACAUAUCAAUCUCUUCCACACAUGCUUCUCUCAAUUGGUCAAAUUCUUCUGAUUGCUGCAAAUGGGAAGGGAUUACCUGUGAUUUGGAUCUCAGAGUCACACAUCUUGAGCUUCCAUUUAGAGGAUUAUUCGGCCGAAUUUCGCCAUCUCUGACCGGUCUUGAAGGUCUAUCAUACCUUAAUCUGUCACAUAAUCAGUUAUCUGGUAACCUCCCUGACCACCUAUACCAACUGUUUGAUCAUUUGCUUGUUCUUGAUUUAAGCUAUAAUAGGCUCUCUGGUGAAUUGCCAGAAUCACCCUUUGUUGAUAGUAACAAAACUAGCAAUAGAAAUACCAAUACAAGUGUUGUGAUUCAGGAGAUUGAUUUGUCUAGUAAUUUGUUCAAUGGAACAUUGAAACAUUCUCUCAUUCAGCAUAUAGCAGCAGGAGGGAAUUUGGUGUAUUUCAAUGUUAGCAAUAACAGCUUCACAGGUCAAAUUCCAACUUCACUCUUUUGCAUCAAUGAUCAUAACUCCUCGGCUUUGAGAUUCCUGGACUUUUCCUACAAUGAUUUUGGUGAUACUAUUCAGCCGGGGCUCGGAGCGUGUUCAAAGCUCGAGAAGUUUAGAGCAGGAUUCAAUGAACUAACUGGGAAUCUCCCAGUUGAUGUCUUUGAUGCUGUUUCUUUGACAGAAAUCUCUUUGCCCCGGAACAAGCUUGGUGGAACAAUCGACAAUGGCAUUGUUCGCCUCACGAACCUCACAGUUUUGGAGCUAUACUCCAAUAAUUUAAUAGGAAAAAUUCCACCAAGGAUUGGUGAACUCAUCAAAUUGCAGAGUUUGCUCCUUCAUGUUAACAAUUUGACUGGUACCUUGCCCCAAUCUAUGAUGAACUGUGCCAAUCUUCUUGUGUUGAAUUUAAGGGUCAACUUAUUGGAAGGGAAUCUCUCAGCGUUCAACUUCUCAAGAUUCCUUAAACUCACAACACUUGAUCUUGGCAACAAUAACUUCAGUGGCAUCUUGCCACCAACACUCUAUGCAUGCAAGAAUCUUACAGCUGUGAGAUUAGCGUUCAAUAAUCUCGAGGGACAGAUUUCGCAUGAGAUUGUUGGCCUUCAAUCCCUUUCUUUCCUAGCAGUUUCAAGGAACCAGCUGCAAAACAUCACGGGGGCUCUGCGAAUUCUCACAGGGCUAAAGGAGCUUAAAACUCUGAUGCUCUCAAAAAAUUUCUUCUAUGAAAAGUUACCUAGUGAUGUUGACAUAGCAGACACAGGUGGAUUCCAGAAGCUCCAAGUUUUAGGACUUGGAGGUUGUAGUUUCACCGGCGAAAUACCAGGCUGGCUUGUGAACCUGACAAAGCUUGAGGUCUUGGACCUGUCCUUUAACGAAAUCAGUGGUUCGAUUCCUCCCUGGUUAGGUACACUUCCUCAGCUUUUCUACCUGGACUUGUCUGUUAACCACCUUACAGGAAUAUUUCCUAUUGAGCUUACAAGGCUGCCAGCACUGAUAUCACAACAGGCGAAUGAUAAAGUCGAAAGAGCUUACUUGGAGUUACCGGUUUUUGCCGACGCCAACAAUGUUUCCCAGAUGCAAUAUAAUCAGCUUUCCAAUCUGCCACCAGUGAUGUAUCUGGGACGGAACAGACUCAGUGGCAGUAUUCCAAUUGAGAUUGGAAAUUUGAAGGUCCUUCAUCAGCUGGAUUUGAAGAGCAACAACUUCUCUGGCAAUAUACCAUCUGAGAUUUCAAGCUUGGUUAACUUAGAGAAACUAGACCUCUCCGGAAACCAUUUAUCUGGCGAAAUUCCUGAUUCGCUCAAGGUGUUGCAUUUCUUGUCUUUCUUCAGUGUAGCAAACAAUAAUCUCCAAGGACGGAUACCAACUGGUGGACAAUUUGAUACAUUCUCCUCCUCCAGCUUUGAAGGGAAUGCGCAAUUGUGUGGCACAGUGAUUCAGCGCUCUUGUCCUACUCAACAGAAUUCUAACAGCACUGAAGCUCAUCGCGGCACAAACAGAAAAAUAAUAUUAGGACUUAUUAUUGCAGUGUGUUUUGGCACUGGUUGCAUCAUGACAGUGCUGACACUUUGGAUACUCUCCAAGAGAAGGAUCAAUCCCGGAGAAGACCAUGACAAGAUCGAACUUGGAUCGGUUUCUCCAUACUCCAACAGUGGUGUUCAUCCUGAGGUUGACAAGGAGGCCAGCCUAGUGGUAUUGUUCCCAAACAAAGCGAACGAAACCAAGGAUCUUACCAUAUUUGAGAUCUUGAAAGCAACUGAGAAUUUCAGCCAGGCGAACAUAAUAGGAUGUGGUGGAUUCGGUUUGGUUUACAAGGCAACAUUACCAAAUGGAAUUACACUAGCCAUCAAGAAGCUUUCAGGGGAUUUAGGCCUCAUGGAGAGGGAAUUUAAGGCAGAGGUAGAGGCUUUGUCCACAGCACAACAUGAGAAUCUGGUGGCACUGCAAGGCUAUUGUGUCCAUGAUGGAUUUCGGCUUCUGAUGUAUACUUACAUGGAGAAUGGAAGUCUUGAUUACUGGCUGCAUGAAAAGGCGGAUGGUGCUUCUCAACUCGAUUGGCCGACUCGUUUAAAGAUUGCACGAGGGGCAAGCUGUGGUUUGGCCUAUUUGCAUCAGAUAUGCGAGCCACAUAUUGUGCAUCGUGAUAUAAAGUCGAGCAAUAUACUCCUCGACGAAAAGUUUGAGGCACAUGUUGCUGAUUUUGGCUUGUCCAGGUUGAUUCUUCCUUAUCAAACUCAUGUCACAACUGAACUUGUAGGCACAUUAGGAUACAUUCCCCCUGAGUAUGGACAAGCAUGGGUGGCAACUCUACGAGGAGAUGUGUAUAGCUUUGGAGUUGUCAUGCUAGAGCUUCUCACCGGAAGAAGACCGGUCGAUGUAUGCAAGCCGAAAAUGUCAAGAGAGUUGGUUGCUUGGGUUCAACAAAUGAGAAUUGAAGGGAAAGAAGAUCAAGUUUUUGACCCUCUUUUGAGAGGAAAAGGCUAUGAAGCAGAGAUGCUGCAAGUUCUUGAUGUGGCAUGUAUGUGUGUCAGCCACAAUCCUUUCAAGAGACCAAGCAUCAGAGAAGUUGUUGAAUGGUUGAAGAAUGUAGGAUUGUCCAAGCGAACAACAUAGUAUCAUCCAAGCAAAAAAAUUUCUCCAACAAAAAAUCUUUGACAAUAGAUAUAUAUGUAUACACUUGUGCAAAGAAAAUUUUGUUUUUUUUUUUUUCUAUAAGUACAGAUUAUCAUGAUUUUAUCACUGUAAAUUGUUGCUAGAAAGUUUUUGUAA